AUGUUCUUUGGUGAGCGGGACCAUAUGGCCUGUCAUUUGGUCGUGCUACAGGCCAAGAAAGAGACCACCGGAGCCAAAUUAGGGCAGCUCUUGGCCUAUAUGCAUGGUUUGGGCAAGCCUUUCGGAAAGGCUCGAGGACAGUCCGAUAGCACUGUGUGGGGUACCCUUACAGAUGGGCAGUGGUUUUACUUUAUUCGGCUGAGCAAUGCAGGGCAAUGGUCUGUGGUCGCGUAUCGAAUUACCCGAGAUGGCUGGGGGUGA